UUAUUAUACUUAAUUCCUUAUUGAUACAAAAAUAGCUUUAAAUUAUUAUUCAUUAAAAUAAAGAUAGGCACUUACAUUUAGAAUAGCUUUAAAGUUACUGAAUAGUCAUACAUCGACGAUUCAUCGGUAGUGUCUAUAUUGAUUAAUACGUAGUCGGCGUCCAAAAACGUGGUAUGUACUUUUUCAUUUGAGGGUAGUUAUGCAUUUCAAUCUUGAUACUUUCGGUGCAUUACCGUAUAGAUGUGUGAGCGCCAUGGUGGACAAGACUAUAAAUUAAAGGUUAGAUAAGAUUUGUGACUAUAAAACUAUAACCAUGGAUUGGAAAAGUGCAAAAGUUAUUUUAGCUUCGACAGCCGCUGUUGUAGUCGCUUCUCAAGUCGCGAAAAAAUUGUACAAAUACUUCUACAAGAACUAUAAAUUAACUGAAAUUGAGAAGAAUGACGACUCAUGCAGUGAAAUUCUGAACUACAAGAAUCGUGAAAUUAAUGACGUGAUAUUAUUUUCCGACGACGUCGUACGCCAUACGAUACGAGUCCCACCCAACAAAGAUAUAACAAUAUGUGAGAGUCGGGAACUGAACUGUUUCAAACUAAUCAAGUACAUAAAGUCAGCACGAGAAACGCUAGACGUCUGUAUGUAUUUGAUUACGAGCAGCGAAAUUACAGAACAAAUCAUAAGAUUGGGACAGCGUCAUGUUCUAGUGAGGAUUGUAGUUGACAGUGAUAUGGCACAUACACCACCUUCACAAAUCAAAAAGUUGAAGGAAUUCAGUUUUAUCCAAGUACAAACAAGCAAAAAAACUAUCCUCAUGCAUCACAAGUUUUGCAUCAUUGAUGGGCCUAAAGCCAUCAAGCGGAAAAGUAUUUUGAAGUCCUACGCCGAGAAGUUAAAUAUUCAUGCGCAAAAUGCAAAAAAUACAUUUAAACAGCCAAAAUCUAAGCCUGUUAGGGGUUUUGUAAUGUCUGGUUCAUUGAAUUGGUCUACUCAAGCCAUGGUUUCCAACCACGAAAGCGUUAUUGUUACAUCGCAUUCAAAUAUUGUCACCAAAUUUGAAAAGGAGUUCGAAAGCUUGUGGGUGGAGAAUGAGCCAAUUUUGAUGGCAAUGAAAGAUUUUUAGCCAACCGACAGAUAGCUACAACGUUUUUCAAGUGCCAACAUUAUACGAUGAAUGUAAAUGAUUCAAUAAGAAUGAUGAAACAUCACAAGUGUCAGUGUAAUUGUGGAAAGAAAUUGUCACUCUGUGCAAAGUGGGAUAGAAAUAUGUGUGGAAAAAGAUAUGAAACCUGAAAAGUUUAUUGUGAAUGUUGGCAGUUGAAAAAAAGUUUUUAUGUGCGUAUUGGAUGCAGUGUUUUUCGCUAGAUGGCGUUGAUUGGACCGUUGCUGAGCAAGGUCUGUCAUAUUUCUGCUACUCACCACUGGAUGGCGCUGAUAUUAACAGCUGAGCCGGUAGCACCACCAUCUGUAUUUUAAGCCGCUUAGUACUGCGUACAGCAAUGAUUCAACAAGGCCCGUCUGUUGCAGAAUAAAAAUAGGAAAAAAAAUAAAAAUAUCUACACUAUUGUCCACCAAGCUGUUUUAUGUUACAAUGAUAUUCAAUAUUUAUUUCGCAAUCACCAAUAUCCUAUAACACGUGGACCUUGUGAAAAUGUCAGUCAACAUUUAUCACUGAAUCUUUUAUCGUAAAUGUAUACUCUCAAAAAUUAUGACUUCUGACGCCAUUUUGUUUAUCGAAAUCCAAUGUACUUAUUUCUUAUAAGUUUGACAUAAAAAGUCAUAAAGACAUACAAGUGAGAAAAAUGGUUAAGAAAUAUUAUAUACAAGUACUUAAUCAUUAUCAAAUCGUGGUUAAGGACGGUACCAUCCUAUUUUACAUGAUAAUGUUGUACUGUAGUUUCAUUCGGUCUUAGGAAGGAAUAUAAUUGUAACUAAAAUAGUUUUUUUUAAUUAAUUUAUAUUUAUUUAAAAAAAAGUAUAAUUUAAUAACUUUAUAUUUAAGUUGUCAUAACUGUUGUUAAUGAUAAGGGCGAGAUGAAAAUCGUGAAACCGCUUCUUAGCUUUAAGUUCUGUGACUUGAAAUAAAUAAUAUGAUCUGUUCAACGAUUUUACGAUUUUCGCCUUGCUCCUGACACGUUCGCGAAAAAGAAACCACAUAUUAUAAUAUACAAUAUUUUUUAUUAAAUAAUAAGUUGUGUUGUUUUGAAAUACAUUGACUAACAGAUACUAAAAAUUCUAACGCAUGACUUUUUUUAAUUUUACAGAAACAACUCGCGAGUGUGCAUGACUUAAUGAUUUUAAUACUAUUUAAUACUACUGUUACUACUAUACUAUUCUUUUUAUUUACUAUUUAAUUUUUAAUAUAUUUUGUAAAGUAAAAGACAAUUUUGCUACAUUGACAUUGUUAGUUAUUGUUUUAAAUUGUGUAUAAAUAAUGAUUAUGAAAUGUUUACUUCAACAAUUGAAAUUAAAUUUGUAAAUUCAAUCGAAAUUCAAUCAAAUCAAUGUUGAUCAAUCACAAAUUGUCGUUCGCCUUGCUUUAAAACUUGAUUUUAGGUUUCAAUUAAUAUUACUUAAAUUCGAGUUUUAGUUUUUGCAUGGCAAUACCCGGGGGUUGCAUUCUAGUUUUUUUUUUGAGGAAAAAUUUGAUUAUGCAAUCUGAUUUAAUUAUAAUCGAAAAUUAAAUUGUUAAAGAUGUUAUAGUUUUAUUAAAUUUGAUUAUUAAUAAUAAACAUUUCAGCAUGA